AUGAAUAUUGGCGACAUGCCGCUCUCGCUGAAUUCGACAGUCACUCUAAGAUCUGGACGUGCAAUGCCUCUGUUAGGACUCGGCGUCUACCAAAAUACGGGGCCAACUGCGACUACCGCUUGCGCGGCCGCUUUCAGAGCUGGGUACAGGCACGUAGACUCUGCCCAAGUUUACAGAAAUGAGACUGAGGUCGGACAAGCGGUUAAAGAGAGCGGACUUGUACGGGAAAUGCUAUUCAUUACAUCCAAGAUUAACUCGCGAAAUCAUGGUUACGAAAAGACUCUGACGUGGAUAGACCAAUCUCUAAGGAACUUUGGACUCGAAUACAUGGACCUCUUUCUGAUUCAUGACCCGCUCUCUGGAAAAGAGCGACGGCUUGACACAUGGAAGGCUCUCAUCAAGGCACGGGACGAUGGAAAGAUCAAAUCUAUCGGCGUCUCAAACUACGGGGUGCGUCACCUCGAAGAGAUCAAGUCGGCGUCGUUGGAACUCCCUGCGGUGAAUCAAAUUGAACUACAUCCGUUCUGUCAACAAAGGCCGAUUGUACAAUGGUGCAAGGACAAUAACAUUGUCGUCCAGGCGUACUGCCCCAUCAUGCGCGGGCAGCGAUGGGACAAUCCAGUUUUCAAAGAGCUUUCGUUGAAAUACGGCAAGGAGGUUCCUCAAAUUCUGAUACGCUGGAGUCUGCAGAAGGGAUUCUCCCCUUUGCCAAAGUCGAUUCAUGACGAGCGAAUUAGAUCGAAUGCAAAUGUAUACGACUUUGCAAUCGACGAUGCCGAUAUGGAAAAACUUGACAGUCUGGAUUUGGGUGACAUGGGUGCGGUCAGCUGGAAUCCCAUCCACGCGCCAUGA